UUAUAAAGUGCAGCUAGAGCACUAGAGCCGGGAAAAGGAAAAUUUUUCCUGAGUUUGCCCUAGCAAAAGAGAAGUCUGAAAAAGUUUUCACGUUUCCUGCUUGGUACUCACACCUUUUUUGCCAGCCAUGUUCAGUCCUAUCUGCACAAUCACCAUCUUCUUAUGCUUCAUUGUAUCAUCAUUUGAUUAUUCCUGGUCUCUCCCAGCUCAUGAUGCCAAUUUGAGGUCAAAGAGAUCAGUGGAUGUGGAUAAUCCAGAAGAUGUAUUCAGAGUGCUCUUUAAGCUCGCUCAAGACGUAAUUGAUUCUGAUAACGGGAUCCACAGUGACAAGCGCGGCAUUGACCUUGGCCUCUCUAGAGGAUUCUCCGGAAGCCAAGCAGCCAAGCAUCUA